CUUUUGUGGAUUUCAAAAAUCUAACUCUGGAAGAGAUAAUCGGACGUGGAGUAUAUAAAGCGACUUGGAAAAAGCCCAAUGGCUCUACGAUGACUAUAGCUGCCAAACUUUAUUAUGACGAUUAUAAUCAGGAAUGUUGGGCUCAAGUAUACCGUAUGGUUCGAGACUUUUUGGAUGUAAGCCAUGAGAAUAUUACAAAAUUUUAUGGUUUCUACAAUCCGAAAGAGCUAUUUGUUCUAUGGGAAUAUGCUGAGAAUGGUUCGCUAUAUGAUUAUAUACAUAAUAGUGGCCGAACACACUCAUUUGAACUUUUGACCAACUAUAUGUAUCAGUGUGCUAAGGGCCUAGCCUAUUUGCAUGGAAGACAACCACAAAUUUUACAAAGGAAAUUAAGAACUUCCAAAUUAUUACUAAGCAAAAACUAUAGUUUACUAAAGAUUUGUGAUGCUCCUCAUAGUCACAUGAAGUCAAUAUAUAUAAGGCGUAUAUCACCAUAUGACGCCCCAGAAGUCAUUACACGUUCGGGUUAUGACGAAAAUUCCGAGACUUUCAGCUUUGGUAUUGUGCUCUGGGAGGUUAUGGCUCAAAAGGACCCUUUUGUAAACUGGAGAUACAAGGGUCCUCAUACUGACAAUCGUCAAGAUAUUAAUGAAAUCAAAAACUUUGAAACUUCUGCACAAAUAAAGCAAUUGAUUGAGCUCUGUUGGAAAUGGGAGCAGAGUGAACGGCCCUUGAUGAAAUCAUUGGAAGAUAAGCUCUUUAACUUAACCCUUUACAUGAAAGGCAUGUAUUCCAAUGUGGAUUCAAGCGCUAUUGAGUUGAAGAAAGUUCUCGGACAGGGUUCAUUUGGAAAAGUCUUUGAAGCGUUUUGGUCAGGCAUGACUGUGGCCGUCAAACGAAUUAGCUAUGAUGACGAGAAAUGUAAACAGGUCAUAGAUAAGGAAGCUCGAUUCUUAUCAACUGUUAGACAUGACAAUAUUAUAAAAUUAUAUGGGAUUAGCCAUGACACUAGCCCGCUUGGGAAAAGAAUGCUUUUACUAAUGGAAUACGCUGAAAAUGGCUCGUUAGAGGCUUAUAUACAUAGUGGCCGGGAUUUCGCUUAUGAGGAUUUGCUCAAUUUAAUGCGUCAGUGUGUAAAGGGCUUAGCUUAUUUGCAUGGAAGUCAACCAUCAAUUAUGCACCGAGAUGUAAAAACUGCAAAUAUGGUACUCACCGAUGACUAUAGUAUAUUAAAGAUCUGUGAUUUCGGUUUGGUUAAGUCGGUAGCUUCAAAAAAUACUGAGCUCAUUGGCUCCAUACCUUAUAGAGCACCAGAAAUAUAUAAUACCAAAGAAUACGACGAAAAGUGCGAUGUCUACAGCUUUGGCAUUGUGCUCUGGGAGGUAAUGUCUCAGAAAAAGCCUUUUGAGAAUUGCAACAUCGUAAAUAUAAUGAACCAAGUUCUUCUCCAAAAAAAGCGCCCAGAUAUUGAUGCUAUCAAUAGUCAUAAGAGGUAUAAUCAUAUUAAGACAAUAAUAACGAGUUGUUGGAAGGAGGAUCCUAAGGCACGCCCCUCGAUGAAAUACCUGAAACUAUAAUCAUUAAUCCUUGAAUAUUUAUGCAUUAGUUCUGAAAAUUCAGACAUGAAGUAGGAUGUAAAAGCAGACUUAUAAUAUUGAACGGAAAAUUCUCAACAAAAACAACAAGCUUUGUUAUGCUCAAUUUUCAGUAUAGACAGCGGGGUGCGCUUGCUGCGUUGCCCUGGUCAAAGUUGCGCCCAUUUAAUGCGCUUACUUAUUUUUUCAUUUCAUGUAGAAAAAGAUUGGCUUGGCCUGUUCUAUACUUAGACCAUAAACAUAUUUGUGGAAAUUAUAAGUUAAAGCAUGUAGUCGUCUGCUUAAGUAUUCUUUAUUUUAAGCUCGCGGCUAUUUACUUUCAAUACGUUUACUCUAUUCUGAUAUUCGUCAAAAAGUGACGAUCUGUUAUACUUACAGAUUAUGUUAUUUAUUUUUACAGUUUAUGUUAAAACUAGAAACGAUUGGUUGUUAUUAUCAA